GAAGAAAACACGUCGAUCCCCUACCUAUAUAAUAUAUAAAAGGUGUUCUUCUCAUUGAGACAUUCAAAGAGAACGAUUUUUUACAGUAAAGUGUUCAAAUCUAUCACCACCAACAUUACCCCCACCACAAUUCUCACAUACCAACCCCCCCUCAAACCUCAUCAACACCCCCUCACAAACAAAAAUGUCCAAAACCGCCCUCCUAAUAAUGGACCUCCAAAACGGCAUCCUCGACCGCGUCCCCACCGCCUCCUCCCUCCUCCCCCUCUACGCCACCACCAUCGCCUCCGCCCGCGCCUCCUCCAUCCCCAUAAUCUACAUCAAACUCGGAUUCCGCCCGCAGCACCCCGACGUCUCCCCCCUUAACAAGAUGUUCGAGCGCAUCAAGCCGUUCGGUGGCUUCAUUGAAGGCAGCGACGCCACCGCUGUGCACCCCUCCAUCGCGCCUAUCGAGGGGGAUAUAAUCGUCACGAAGCGCCGGGUGUCUGCGUUCGCAAGCACGGAUUUGGAGCUAGUGUUGAGGAGUUUGGGGGUGCAGAGGGUGGUGGUGGCGGGGGUGUCGACGAGUGGGGUGGUGUUGUCGACGGUGAGGGAGGCGGCGGAUAGGGAUUAUGGAGUUACGGUGUUGAGGGAUUUGUGCUUUGAUGGGGAUGAGGAGGUGCAUAGGGUGUUGGUGGAGAAGGUGUUUCCGAAGCAGGCGGAUGUGGUGACGGCUGGGGAGUGGGCGGCGGGGUUGAAGGGGGUGGAGGAGGUGAAAGAGGAGUGAGUGUGUUGGGUUGGAAGCUAUAGACGAUACAAGAGUUGUGCUGGGUGUGUCGACUACGGAUUUUUGUAGAUAUUGCUAGUUGAGACUAGAUAGGAC